AUGGCAACCGCUGCCACACCCCUCCUAAAGAAGCCCGUCAAGCUGGCCUGCAUCCAGCUCGCAAGUGGCACAGACAAGGCAGCCAACCUCUCCAAUGCCCGCGAGAAAGUGCACGAAGCCGCUGCUUCUGGAGCCAAGAUCAUCGUAUUGCCAGAGUGCUUCAACUCACCGUACGGCUGCGACUACUUCCCUUCGUAUGCAGAGCAGCUUCUCCCACACCCGCCGAGCGCGGAGCAGAGCCCAAGCUUUCACGCCUUGUCUGCGAUGGCAAAGGAGACGGGCACAUACCUCAUCGGGGGGUCAAUACCAGAGCUGGACUUUGACGAGGAUAAAAAGAAGCGCUACUACAACACGUCGUUGACGUUCAGCCCGAAGGGCGAGCUGCUGGCCACGCAUCGCAAGGUGCACCUGUUUGACAUCGACAUCCCAGGCAAGAUCACAUUCCGCGAGUCGGAUGUACUGUCGCCAGGGGACAAGCUGACCAUCGUGGACCUCCCGGAAUAUGGCCGCGUGGGUGUGGCGAUCUGCUACGAUAUCCGGUUUCCCGAACUUGGCACCAUAGCCGCACGGAAGGGCUGUUUUGUAUUGAUCUACCCAGGCGCUUUCAACCUGACAACGGGCCCGCUACACUGGCGGCUGCUAGGCCAGGGCAGGGCAGUGGACAACCAGGUAUAUGUGGUGAUGUGCUCGCCUGCGCGCGACAUGAAUGCGAGCUAUCAUGCGUGGGGGCACAGUCUGGUGGUCGAUCCCAUGGCCCAGGUUCUCGUGGAGGCGGAAGAGCAACAGACGAUCGUGUCUGCUGAGCUGAGUGGUGACAAGAUCGAGGAAACGAGGAAAGGGAUACCUCUGAGGGACCAGAGACGCUUCGAUGUGUAUCCCGACAUUAGCCAGGGCAAGAUACGUCUUGAGUGA